AUGUUUCAGCGCUUGAGCAGCCUUCUCUUUGGGGAAGUGGAGGAAGUGGCGGCAGAAAUCAACGGCCCCAACCCCUGCGUGACGGAGGCCGACGAGGAGGGAUGGAUGAUCGUCAACCUCCCGGUGGAGGCUGAGUGCAUGAUGCAGGAAGACGAAGAGCCCCCACUGUCUGUGCGAUCCUCUCCAAACACUCAGUUACAUAAAACAGACUCAGGUUCUAGAAUUGACUGCUCUGAAACCCCCACAAACCCACUGUGCAAGCGGCGCAGGACACACAAAGGCCGCUUAAGGAGAGAAGCAGAUCCCGCUCACAGCUGUAGCUCUCGUCCUUCAGACCUGAGCAGCACCCCACCUGGAGGCUCUCUUCUUCCGCCCUCCUCCUCGUCCCAGUCCCCUGGCUCUCGGGGAGGCAGUGGGAGAAGCAGUUGGACAGGCUCAGAGAGAGGCUGUAUGGAUGAGAGCUGGUUUGUCACCCCUCCCCCCUGUUUCACUGCAGAGGGAGCCACCGCUGAGGCCAGUCCCAUGGAGGACCUGCUCAUCGAACACCCCAGCAUGUCUGUGUAUGUGUCCCAGAACGGCACCGGCCUGGGCUCCAGCGGCACCCUCUCGGCGGUGGGAGAGGAGAGCAUGGCGAGCCUGGUGGGCAGCAUGAGCAGAGUCAUAGAAGCGUCCGCAGUCCCCGCCACCUGCACCACACUGCCGCCCAGAGUGACCCGUGGAGCCUCUGUCCAGGCUGGAGCCUUGGCCAAAGUCACCCAGAUGGCCCGGGUCCAGCGCAGUAAAGCUCGCAUCGAGAGACGCCGCCUGGGCCGCAAUCACAUUCAACGCCAAAACCGCACCCGGGAGCAGGUUCCCCGUCACGCAGCUCAUGUUAGAAACGGCUUUCUUCACCAGCCUUGCAAGCACAACAUCUGCCAUUAA